AACUGCUUAUUAAAACAAAGAGGUAUUGGAGUGUUAAUCUUGAGAUCAUGCCACUUUAGUUUCCAACAAUUGAGAUGAGUUAAAUGAGGGAUUGGUUUUACUAUUUUUCAUUAGUUAUUUUGUUAGUUUUUCUGUACACCUUUGUCUCUUCUUAUAUUCUUUGUUGUGGCUUAAAACUAUUUAUACAAACUAAGUGUUUAAUGAACUUCAAACCCUGACUAGAACAUCCUUAUCCAGACUUUACCCAAACCUAAACUAAACUCCGAAUUAAUAAGAGCUUCUUUCUUUUAUAAACCAAAGGGUUUAAACAGGCAUCGUGUCAUCUAGACCGGUGUAAUCUUGACAUAUUUGGAUCUCAAAAUCAGUGUGUUUUGGAAAACACCAUUGAACAACAGAUUGAGGAGGUUGGAUGUCAUUUUAAGUUGCUGAAAGUUCAUUUGGUUUGGUCUACGUUUAAAGCUUUCAUAUGACUCGUUACAUACAUGCUUGUAAAAAGCUGAAUCAAAUUGACCUUGCUGACUGUGAAAUCUAUGCUUCUUGUGAACCUUGUCCAAUGUGCUUUGGUGCCAUUCAUCUUUCAAAAAUUAAGAGAUUGGUUUAUGGAGCCAAAGUAGAUGCUGCAGUAGCAAUUGGAUUUGAUGGUUUUAUUGCCGAUGCACAGAAGGGAACCGGUCUUCAUCAGAAGGCUCGGUUGGAGAUAAAAAAGAUAGAUGGUAGUGCUGCUGUAAUUGCAGAACAAGUAUUUGAGAAGACAAAGGGAAAAUUUACUCUCUAGUGAUUGCUUUAACUAUCUUAGUAAAUAUGAAUAUCUUUUGUGGUUGUUGUCAUAUGUUAUUUUAGAGAGCAUGAAUUAAAUAGUCACUACCGUAUUGUUUGUUUAUUGGAUUGAUGAAAUUAAAUUAUGAAAAUAUUUUUAUGUACUUGUAUUGAUGUCUGCAAUAAAGAUGCACUUGCUGUUGCUAA